UCAGCAGGGACGAGGACUCGGAGGAGGACGGCGACUCGGAGGCGGAGCGCGAGACGCGACGUGUGACGGCCGUGGCGGUGAUGGCGGCCGAGCCCGGGCACAUGGACAUGGGCGCUGAGGCCCUGCCGGGCCCCGACGAGGCCGCCGCUGCCGCCGCCUUCGCAGAGGUGACCACGGUGACGGUGGCCAACGUGGGUGCUUCUGCAGACAACGUCUUCACUACGUCAGUGGCGAAUGCAGCAUCGAUCUCAGGACACGUUCUGUCGGGCAGGACGGCCCUUCAGAUCGGGGAUAGUCUGAACACUGAGAAGGCCACCCUGAUCGUCGUCCACACUGACGGGAGCAUUGUCGAGACCACUGGGCUGAAGGGGCCGGCAGCUCCGCUCACCCCAGGUCCUCAGUCUCCUCCGACCCCUCUAGCCCCUGGCCAGGAGAAAGGUGGCACCAAGUAUAACUGGGACCCCUCGGUGUAUGACAGCGAGCUCCCCGUGAGGUGUCGGAACAUCAGCGGCACACUGUACAAGAGCAGGCUUGGCUCAGGGGGCCGGGGGCGUUGCAUCAAGCAGGGUGAGAACUGGUAUAGUCCCACGGAGUUUGAAGCCAUGGCGGGAAGAGCUAGCAGUAAAGACUGGAAAAGAAGCAUCCGCUAUGCAGGAAGACCGCUGCAGUGCCUCAUUCAGGACGGGAUCUUAAACCCACAUGCUGCCUCCUGCACCUGCGCUGCCUGCUGCGACGACAUGACCUUAAGUGGGCCAGUCAGGCUUUUCGUACCUUACAAACGGCGCAAGAAGGAAAACGAGAUGCCUACCACCCCGGUCAAGAAGGAUUCUCCAAAAAACAUCACGCUGCUCCCAGCCACGGCCGCCACCACCUUCACCGUGACCCCCUCAGGACAGAUCACUACCUCUGGCGCGCUGACCUUUGACCGGGCAUCCACUGUGGAGGCCACGGCCGUCAUAUCGGAGAGUCCAGCCCAGGGCGAUGUCUUCGCUGGAGCCACAGUGCAGGAAGCAGGCGUGCAGCCCCCGUGCAGGGUCAGCCACCCCGAGCCCCACUACCCCGGCUACCAGGACAGCUGUCAGAUGGCCCCGUUCCCAGAAGCCGCCUUGCCCACGUCUCAUCCCAAGAUAGUGGUCAACGGGCUGGAGAUGUCGGAGCAGCGGAGCUGGCUGUACCUGGAGGAGAUGGUUAACUCCCUGCUGAACACGGCGCAGCAGCUGAAGGCGCUGUUUGAACAGGCCAAGCAGGCCAGCUCCUACCGAGAAGCCGCCGUGGCCCAUGCCAAGGUCCAGGCUGACGCAGAGAGGAAAGAGCAGUCCUGCGCCAACUGUGGCCGGGAGGCCCUGAGCGAGUGCACCGGCUGCCACAAGGUCAACUACUGCUCCACCUUCUGCCAGCGCAAGGACUGGAAAGACCACCAGCAUGUGUGCGGCCAGUCAGCAGCGGUCACCGUCCAGGCAGACGAGGUCCAUGUUGCUGAGAGCGUCAUUGAGAAGGUCACCGUGUGAGGGGCUCCCUGGGGACCCCUGAUGUUGAGAAAACCACUGGAAGGGUUGCUGCAGGAAACUUGCCGGCCGAGUUGUUAACAGACUUUGAGCAGACCAUGCGCUUGCUCGUGAGUCCUUCCUGGACCUGGAGGACAUGUGAUCAUUGUCAUCCUGCAGACAGAGAGGGGACAGUGGAGAGGACAGUGGUGGGGACUCGGAGGGGAUGGCAGAGGGGAUGCAGAGGGGGCAGGGUGGCACGUCCUCCUCACGGUGCUCUUUUC